UCGUAGCUGACACCUUCAGGUUACCGUACACUGGAUAUAACCCUGUCUGUAUGUGGAAUAAGUCUACAUGCGCCAUGGAUAUACAGAGGAACUGGAAACACGCAAGCUGGUAAGGAGAUGUCGUCCAAUCACCACACGAAACAGUCCCCCAGCCAUCUCGACGAAUGUCCAACAUGUCGUCGGCGCGCUGCCCGAAUGGAACAGUCAGUCGUCAAACAGGUACCGAAGAGAAGACCAACCACAAAGAAACCCAAUCCAGUAAAACUUAAAAAGACAACAUUUACUUCAAAACCGGUCGGUGAAUUUCCUUCACUGAAAAGUGGCUUCAUAAUUUCUCACAUCCAUGCGUUGUCGAAGGAUCAUGCGUAUGUUUGGCACUACAGCGAGAAGAAUAUACUGGUGGUAAAUACUACUGGCGGGGUAGAACAGACGCUUAAACUUGACACAAACAGUGCCGUUAUAGAUAUAGGAGUGUCGCCACGAAGUGGGAAUAUAUGGUACGCAUGUGGUGAUGGAGCCGUGGUUGAGAUGAUGAAAAACAAGACGUGUUUGACAAGAUUUAAUCUCGGAUUCGAACCUCGAUGCUUGUGUUUGUCAUCCAAAAACCAAGUUUUGGUGGGACUCGAGUGUAACAUGUUAGUCUUAUCUAUAGGUGGACAUAUCGUUACGGAUCUACAGAAGAUAAAUCCUGACGUUGAUCUGGUCGAGUUUUGUCCCAGUAAAAUAGCUCAAUGUCCAUACACAGACUUCUUUUGCGCGUGCGAUUUCUUCCAUCACUAUUUCGUUUUGCUGGAUCCGUCACUCAAAAUUAUUUGGUGGUUCCGUGGAAGUACCGUCACAGACGCGAGAGGUGUUGUCAAGGACACCGGGUAUUCAAGUCCAGAUCUGUUUUGGCCCCACACUGCUGCGUUUGAAAAGGAUGGAACAAUAAUAGUCGGAAACAAGGAUGACAACAACGCCCUAAUAGCAAUAGGGCGAGACGGUCACGUGUUACAGGUGAUAUCAAGAGAGGAGGACGAGCCGUACGCACUGUGUCUACACAAAGACGGAAACUUGUGGGUGGGACUGGACACACGUCUGGUCAAAGUUUACCAGUUGUCAGGGAAACAGGUCACACUGCGUCAACCGCUUACGCUUUAAGUCAAACUACGAAGUAUGGAAGACGGUGUCAAUACAAUAGAACAAAAGUGCAGUUCAAGGUCGAUACAAGGUAAAAUAAGAUGAAACGAAUUUUCUGUGACGUGAUCUGUGCAGAGUCUGCUCUCAAACGACAGGUAAAAUUUAUAGUGACUAUCAAGAACAUCAAAACAGUUAUUCUCAUCCUUCACAUCGGACUUUAUAUGUGUCUACCUUGAACCUACAUGUGAGGUUAGCGCAGUCACCAUAUACGUCUAUGUCGAUACGUAGCUGUUAUAAUACUCCAGUCUUUGGAUGCAGUUUAAAUUAAAGACUGGAUCAGGACAUAAAUAGAAAAAAUUCGGAUUUACUUUCGUGUUAGUCAGGUUUCUGUUAUUAUAUUGAUCAACAAAUUUAUCACAUCAAAUUAUAAACAAACAUACAAAC